CUUCUUGGUAACUCUGAAAGUUGCCGGGCGUGCCUCCUUGCCAUUCUUGCUUUAUACGGAGUCUCCACCAUCCUCGUAAGAUAACCACCCCAAAAAGGUAGCACGGCUACUGUUGUUGUCACAAGAAGAUCAGCGUAAGGGGCGCAUCAAUGGCUAUGAAAGACGAGCAGCAGCCGCCGCUGCACAUCCUGUUCUUCCCGUUCCUCGCCCACGGCCACCUCAUUCCGAUCGCCGACAUGGCCGCACUCUUUGCCGCUCGCGGCGUCCGGUGCACCAUCCUUACCACGCCCGUCAACGCUGCCAUCAUCCGCUCAGUCAUUGACCGGGCCAACGACGCUUCCCGGCAAGGCACCGGCUUCCCAGAGAUUGAGAUCUCUGUCGUGCCUUUCCCUGAUGUCGGGCUCCCGGCGGGCGUCGAGAACGGCAUGGCCCUUACAUCCCGGGGCGACCGUGACAAGUUCUACGAAGCGGUGAAGCUUCUCCGAGAGCCGUUCGACAGGUUCUUGGCUGUGCACUCCCACUUCGACGCCGUGGUCUCCGACAGCUUCUUCAGUUGGUCCGUCGAUGCCGCCGCGGAGCACGGCAUCCCGCGCCUGGGAUUCCUCGGCACCAGCAUGUUCGCGCGGUCCUGCAGCGACAGCAUGCUUCGGAACAACCCGCUGGAGACUGCCCCCGACGAACCCGACGCCCUCGUUGCCCUGCCGGGGCUGCCGCACCGCGUCGAGCUCAGGCGGAGCCAGAUGAUGGACCCCAAAAAGCUGCCGGACCACUGGGAAUUCUUCCAGAGCGUCAACGCCGCGGACCAGAGGAGCUUCGGCGAGCUGUUCAACAGCUUCCACGAGCUCGAGCCCGAGUAUGUCGAGCACUACCACACGACCCUCGGUCGCCGCACGUGGCUCGUCGGGCCGGUCGGGCUAGCCAGCAAGGACAUGGCCGCGAGAGGCACAAACACUCUCUCGCCAGACGCCGACAGUUGCCUGCGGUGGCUUGACACCAAGGACGCCAACUCCGUGGUGUACGUCUCGUUCGGCACGCUCACCAGUUUCUCUACAGGGGAGCUGCGAGAGCUCGCCCGCGGCCUCCAUCUCUCCGGCAAGAAUUUCGUGUGGGUGCUCCGUGGCGCGGGCGCCGAGUCCUCAGAAUGGAUGCCUGAAGACUUCGCCGAGCUGAUGGAACGCGGCGAACGCGGCUUCAUCGUCCGGGGAUGGGCGCCGCAGAUGCUCAUCCUGAACCACGCCGCCCUCGGCGGCUUCGUGACGCACUGUGGAUGGAACUCGACGCUGGAGGCCGUGAGCGCCGGCGUGCCGAUGGUCACCUGGCCGCGGUACGCAGAUCAGUUCAACAACGAGAUGCUCAUCGUGGAGGUGCUCAAGGUGGGUGUCAGCAUCGGCGCCAAGGACUAUGCGUCGUCUGUGGAGACACACGAGGUGAUCGGCGGUGAGGUGAUCGCUGAAUCCAUCAGCAGAUUGAUGGGUAACACCGAGGAGGGCGACGCGAUACAGAAGAAGGCCAAGGACCUCGGUGUUAAGGCAAGAUCCGCGGUGGAGAACGGUGGUUCCUCGUACAAUGAUGUUGGGCGGCUGAUGGAGGAGUUAAUGGCCCGCAGGAGUUCAGCCAAGGUGGAGAGGGCCCGGACGGCUGAUGGAUUAUGAUCCGACAACUGAUUCAAGCUGCGGUUGCCGUCGCAACUGAUAAUUGCCUGCUCCCUCCCUCCUCUCCUGCCCCAUACAAAGGGCUCUCUAAUGAGGGUACUUAGAGUCUCUUUUUUAAUUUUUGACUGAGGUGGAAUAAAAAGGCCAAGAUGUGGUAUCCUGCAUAAGUAACAACCUUGACACAAGUAUCAAGAAUAUGAGAAGAUAGUUUAAUGAACAAA